UCCAUUUUAAUAUGAAACUGAUAUCGUAAUGGUGAAUAGAUAUAAUAUAUAGAAUAAUUGAAUGAACAUCCAUAUCCACCUGAACCAUCUGCCAAUGCACUAAUAUUUUUGUGAAUAAUCAAUAUCUCGAAAGCGUUCAGUGAAAAUGAACAUUUUGCUUAUAUUGAGCAUUGUUGGAACUCACAGUAUAGUGGAUUCCAAGACAAAGUCGAUCAGAGACAUACCGAGAUAUCUACCAAACACCUAUCCAGGUUUCGAACAAAGUUCUGUUACUUUAAUAGGACCAGAUGGAACAGAAAUUGAAGGAUAUUUUUUUAUGAAUGACCAACUUGCCAGAGACGGCAUAAUGGAUAUAUUUGGUUCUGAUGUGGAAAAUGAUGUCACUUUCACUUUGUACAAUCGGCAAAAUCCCAUUGGUCGGAGAAUUACUAAUUUCAAUGAGUUACCCAAACACAUAGACAAGAGUGAGAAAGUCAAGUGUGUGACUCAUGGAUGGCUUUCCAGUGGAGAAGCUAAAUCAUGCAUCCUCAUAAAAGAUGCCUAUUUGAAUGCAACAAAUUAUAACGUAAUUAUUGUGGAUUGGAGUCCCGUAUCAGGAAAUGUAUUUUAUCCUAUUCCGAUGAGAGCCACAGCCAGAGUCGCAGAAUAUUAUGGCAAGUUUCUGAAUUACCUUGUAGAUAAAGCUGGUAUCAAUCCAAAAAACGUUCAUCUGAUUGGUCAUAGUUUAGGAGCCCACGUAUCUGGAUUUGCUGGAAGACGUGUACGAAAAGGAAAAGUUGGAAGGAUCACAGCUCUGGACCCUGCUAUGCCUGGUUUCAACAUAGGAUUAGUAGAGGGAGGGCGCCUAAACAUCAAUGAUGCAGAAUUUGUGGACGUAAUACAUACCUGCUCCGGAUAUCUGGGAAUCAGGGAUCCAAUAGGACAUGCUGAUUUCUAUCCAAACGGAGGAGGCCCUCCCCAACCGGGCUGCACUAUUAUCAGG